AUGGCUGUGACAAAGGAGCCGGACGCAACAGCAGGAGACACGGGGAGAGACCAGUCACGACGCAAUGGAGAAGCAGAUCAGGCAGCGGCUACAGGGGGCGAGCGAGCGGCGGCGCCGGAAACAAGGCCAGAGCAGCCAGAAUGGCCUGAAGGGCAGCCAGACUGGGUGAUUGGAGAAGGGAUGUCAGCAGAGGAUGCGGAGAAGCUGAAGGAGGUGCUGGCGAAACCCCGGGCGGCUUUUGCAUACACGCUAAAGGAGGUCGGGAGGUGCAACAUGGCAGUAGUCACGUUGGAACUGACGACGGACAUACCAGUCUAUCAGCGGCGGCGGCGGAUGACGGCAGAAGAAACGCAGAUAUGCAAGGAGAAGUGUCAGGAAUUGUUAGAGGCGGGGUUCAUCCGGAGGUCGAACUCGGAGUAUGCAGCGGCGACAGUAGUGGCAGCACGCACGGAUCUGACGGGCAAGGUGCUCUCCAAGAGGAUGUGCGGGGAUAACAAGGGACUGAACAAGGUUACCGUCAUGAAAAGAUACCAGACGCCGAUGCCGGACGAGCUGUUUGAUCUGCUAGCGGAGGCGUUAGUGUUCACUACGCUGGAUCUAAGGCAGGGCUUCAACCAGAUCCCGCUGGCAGAAGCAGACAAGAAGAAAACAGCAUUCCAUGGGCCCGAUGGACAAUACGAAUGGAACUUCCUGCCCUUCGGCCUGAAGUCAGCGUCACCAGAGUUCCAACGAGUCAUGGACCAGGUGCUUCGAGACGUCAAGAACGCGGCAUGCUACAUCGACGAUGUGAUAGUCUUCAGCACCGACAGCAGCACGCACGUGGCGGAUGUAGAAGCGACCCUGAGCGCCAUACAGGGGGCAGGCCUCACCUGCCACCCCGGGAAGUGCUCAUUCGGGCAAACGAUGGUAGCAUACUUGGGAUUUGAAGUGGAAGGGGGAAAGAUUGGGAUUCAGAAAGCAAAGGUGGAGGUGCUGGACCGCGUGGCAACCCCGAAGGACCGAUCCAGUCUGCGGGCCCUCCUGGACUUUUUGAACUACUAUCGCAAAUUCGUGCCCAACUUUAGCAGCAGGGCCACCACAUUGAACCAGCUGCUUCGGGAGGACCAGCCGUGGGAAUGGGACCCUGACCAGGAACGAGCGGUGCAGGAUCUGAUGGGUGCAGUAAAAAAUGGAGCAGUGCUGGAGCUGCCGAGGGCGGACCUACCGUUCACACUCUACACGGAUUGGAGUAGCGCAGGAAUGGGAGCAGUGUUGGCACAAAUGAAGGGAGAGGAGGAGAAGGUGGUAGCAUUCGCUAGCCGCAGCUGUAACGCAGCCGAGGCGAACUACUCCUCCUACGAGGGAGAGGGGCUGGCAGUGGUGUGGGCGGUGAAGCACUUCAGGGUUUACUUGCAGGGCCGGAAGUUCACGCUGGUGACGGACCACCAACCGCUGCUCUGGCUGAUGCAGACGCCAGACCUGACAGGGCGGAAUGCACGCUGGGCAAUGAAAUUGCAGGAGUACGAUUUCGAGAUCAGGCACCGGCCAGGCAAGACCAUGCAACAUGUGGAUGGGUUGUCACGGAACCCACCGGCAGUGCAGCCAUCGGCCUGCCUCAUGGCGAUGGCGAAGGAAGCAGACAAGGGGCAGGUCUGGGGAGAGCAGAAAGGGGGGCCAGCUGACAUCUGGGAAGAUCACGCAGCGCUGGCCUGGAUCCAGGGAGCAACCACGGAGGAAGGAGCCGUGCCAGCCCGAGUGCGAGCCAGAGGUGACCACUACCGGUGGUUCAAGGAGCAGGUGCAGCUGCGGACGGGGGAGGGAUGGAAGCACGUCCCGCCGCCAGCAGAGAGAGAGGGCAUCAUCAGUGAGGUGCACGCUAAGCUGGGGCACUACGGGCCAUUACGGACGCAGCAGCUAGUGCAGACAGGAUGGUGGUGGGCAGGCAUGCGGCAGCAGAUCAAGGAUUGGGUGGGCAAGUGCGAAGCCUGCUGCAGGAACCGAGCAGUGCUGGAAAGGGAGAAGGCAGAGCUGCAGCCGCUGCCUAUAGUAAGCCUGGGGUACCGCUGGUCGCUUGAUAUCGCGGGGGAACUGCCAGUCACCACGAAGGGGCGCCGGUAUAUACUGCUCAUGGUGGAGCAUGUCAGUAAGUGGGCGGAAGCGAGGCCGCUGGUGCACAAGUCGGCGGAAGGCGUGGCGGAAGCAUUUGAAGAGAUGGUGAUCACCAGGCUGGGGGCAUGCGGAGAAGUGCUGACGGAUCAAGGAACAGAGUUCGCCGGGGCCUUUGACCAGCUGCUGCAGGCCAGCGGCAUUCGGCACAGGACCACAUCGCGCUACCACCCCCAGAGUGACGGGCUCACGGAGAGGCUGGUCCAGACAGUGAAGAAGGGGCUGAGGGCAUACGGGGAGGAGCACAAGAGGGAUUGGGACAGGAAGCUCUGCUUGGUCAUGGCGGGGUACCGUUUCAGUAAGCAGGCGGCGUUAAAGGAUGUUUCCCCCUACUAUCUGCUGUUUGGCAAGGAACCGGUACUGCCUGUGGGAGCACCAAAGCUGCUGGUGGACGUGAUCACCACAGGCUCGCCAGAGAAGUGGGUCGCGGUGGCAGACGCGCGGGCGGCCUAUCUGAGGCAUCUGCUGUCAGCGGCGCUGGAAAACCUGCAUGUAGCCCAGUUGAGGGACAUAGAGCGGUACAAGCGGCGGCAGGAGGCCAAUGGCAAGGGUGCGGCAGUAGGAGUGCAGGAAGAGGAUGAGGUGUACAUCAGGAGGCAGCGCAAGCAUGCGCUCGAUGUGGGGCUCUCACAGCAGCGGUGGACCGUGAAGGAGGUGCGCCCUCGGGGGUGA